AUGUCAAAUAAGUCUGCUUACCUCAGGCUAUCGAAAGCUGGGUCAAGGAUACUGGAGAGGGCUAAUACAGUGACUAGAAAAUUAAAACCUACAAAUGAUAAGGUUAUAAGGAGAAACGCACCAGAAUUCCUUAAGUCUGGCAGGGAUCAAGUAAUGGAACAAGAUCGGUUUCAAUCUGAAAAGCAAUGGAAAUAUCUUCCUGGGGAUCGAGUUGUUAUCGUGAAAGGUAAGCAUAAAGGAACAAUUUCAGUAGUCAGAAACCAUGAUUCGAGAACUAAUGGAUAUACAUUGGGAGAAAAUGGACCUACAAGGAAAGUCCCCGUCCCCAAAUCAUUAUGGAUGAAGGACCAAGUGAGUCAUGUUAUAAAUAUUCCAUUAGUGUUGCCUCAAGAUGCAUUGAAGCUAGUAGCGGAUAUUGAUGAUGAAAAAACAGGGACUUCAAAAACUGUUGCCGUAAGAGAUCUGGCAUUUAAAGGUUCCUAUUAUGAUUCAAAUUAUAAGAAAAUGAUGCCAUAUAGAUAUGUUGCAGGUGAAGACGAUUUGAUUAUCCCAUGGCCCAAGCCUGAACAUGAACCCGAUGGAGACUUAGCUACUAGCCCCGAAAUUACCAGGGAACAAACAUAUUGGGUUGAUUCAAUCGUUAGAACGCCUAUACCUAACUCUGCGCUACCUACUAUCCGUAAUCCACAUUCGAAAUAUAGAAGACGUACUUUGAAACCUAUGGAUAUGGCCAAAUUGAUUGCACCAAAGAUGCCACUAACUCCAGAGAGAAAGGCAUACUUAGCUAAGGAAGCAAGUAUCAAAUCCAAGGCUAAAUCUAAACCAACUCUAACUGUGGAUGAAAUGGAAAUGAUUGGUGAAAGGGUACGUACAUAUUUAGAAAGUUCAAAAUCUACUCCUCCUGUAUAA